UUCUCAUCUCCUGACACUAUGUAUUUCAAUUACGGAAGUGUGUGUGGGAGCUGUGGAUUUGGCUCUUGCUAUGGUUGUGGGUAUGGCUGUAUACACAGCACCCACUGUGGAUGUAACGGUUAUUAUGGUUAUGAAAAUAAAUAUUCUGUUAUAGAUGAUCUGAUUUUUUUGCUUCUAAGAAAUACCAUUGAGCAUUGUUUCUUAUUUAGUUUCUCAAAGAUCUAUUCUGCUUUAAUCACCUUCAAUCCUGAUAGCUCUCCGUUAGAGAAAAAUGACUCAUCUGGUGAAAACUCCAUUUGUCUUCAAAGUACCUGUUAG